UACUCUAGCCGGCGGCGGAACCAGAAGUUUCGUUCCCCCGCACUUCCGCCCUCUGGCCCGGGCUUAAGCUGCGUGGGGAAGACUUGGCGAUGCCGACCGGAGACUUUGAUUCGAAGCCCAGCUGGGCCGACCAGGUGGAAGAGGAGGGAGAGGACGACAAAUGUGUCACCAGCGAGCUCCUCAAGGGCAUCCCUCUGGCCACUGGCGACACCAGCCCAGAACCUGAGCUACUUCCAGGAGCUCCACUGCCACCUCCUAAGGAGGUUAUCAAUGGAAACAUAAAGACAGUGACUGAGUACAAGAUAGAUGAAGACGGCAAGAAAUUCAAGAUUGUCCGCACCUUCAGGAUUGAGACCCGAAAGGCCUCUAAGGCUGUUGCAAGGAGGAAGAACUGGAAGAAAUUCGGAAACUCAGAGUUUGACCCACCAGGCCCCAAUGUGGCCACCACCACAGUCAGUGAUGAUGUCUCCAUGACAUUCAUCACCAGCAAAGAGGACCUGAACUGCCAGGAGGAGGAGGAUCCGAUGAACAAGCUCAAGGGCCAGAAGAUAGUGUCCUGUCGCAUCUGCAAGGGUGACCACUGGACCACCCGCUGCCCGUACAAGGACACGCUUGGGCCCAUGCAGAAGGAGUUGGCAGAGCAGCUAGGCUUGUCCACGGGCGAGAAGGAGAAGCUGCCGGGAGAACUGGAGCCCGUGCAGGCCGCACAGAACAAGACUGGGAAGUACGUGCCACCGAGCUUGCGGGAUGGGGCCAGUCGCCGUGGGGAGUCCAUGCAGCCUAACCGCAGAGCUGAUGACAACGCCACCAUUCGUGUCACCAACCUAUCCGAGGACACGCGUGAGACAGACCUGCAGGAGCUUUUUAGGCCCUUUGGCUCCAUCUCUCGCAUCUAUCUGGCUAAGGACAAGACCACUGGCCAGUCCAAGGGCUUUGCCUUCAUAAGCUUCCACCGCCGGGAGGACGCCGCACGUGCCAUCGCCGGGGUGUCUGGUUUCGGCUACGACCACCUCAUCCUCAAUGUGGAAUGGGCCAAGCCAUCAACCAACUGAGCCACCUGUCACCACUGCCACUGCUGUCCAGCCUAGACCUCUGUGACGGAAAGGAGCCUCCAAGAGCAGGGGACUCCAAGGGCAUUAAAAGGCUCAAAGCA